GCGGGCAGGAGCGGAGCCCGAGCCGCAGGGCGGUGGGACGCAGGGAGGUGGGACCGCGAAGCGCGGCUUGGCGGAGUCCCCGGGGAAGCGGCGCCCGGAGCGCGCGGGGGUCGCGGCGGAGACCAGGCGGCAGGAGCGGAGGCAGGAAGGCCGGGUCGCGGGCGCCUCCGGGCGUGUUCACACCUGCCGCCGGGGAGCGGAGCUUCAGGACGCUUGCUCCUCUGGCUAAACUGACGGUGAUCUAUUUGUUUCGGCUUCUCCCAGCUCAUGCAUUCUUCAAGCCUUGGUAACUGGAAUGUUUUUGUCUGUUCAGACUCAAAACCGACAGUGGGACCGAAACCAAAGUGAAGUGGCCUGGGCUGUAGCAGGGUGAACCUGGGAAAGCUGAGCUGCUGCCUGAACUGCUUCUCUGAAUCAGCGGGUCCUUUCUGUCUCUAGUUUUAGAAGUUCCCUGGCAGCAAACUGAUAUCCAGGAUCUCCACUGCGUGGGGAUGGGAGAGAUUUUUAAGUUUUCAUGAAACACACUCAUGUCUCAAACUGUGAACACAACCAAAAUACCAAGAGCCAGGACCCCAGAGCACGGCCCGCAUCUCUGUGGUACCUCGUCACCUGCCUAAGAAACCCAGUAUGAGUCCAGUGAGCUGGACCAUCCGCUGGGCAAAGUUCCAACACGGUGAGACAUCUGCAGAUUCAUCGGGUUUAGGACAGACCCGUAGCUGCCAGCUGGUAGCUGCCUUGGGGUUCUUUAAAUAGCCGAGUCUCCGAGGUCUGUGGUCUGUUCCGAUGCGUGGCUCCCACCAGCAUGAAGCAGAGGAAUGACCUUGCUCUGCAGCCAGGACAACUGUGAGAGAAGGAGCCCUGUGUGCGGGAGUCUGAGAAGAGACAGCCGCCUAGCAUGUCCCCACCAAACCAGUCCGUAGAAAGCCUUCCCCAGGAGGCCACCAACAGAUCCCUGAACGCUACAGAAACCCCAGGGGCUUGGGACCCCGGGGUCCUGCAGGCACUCCAGAUCUCGCUGGUAGUGGUCCUUUCCGUCAUCACACUGGCCACUCUCCUCUCUAACGCCUUUGUCCUUACCACCAUCUUACUCACCCGGAAGCUCCACACCCCGGCCAACUACCUCAUUGGCUCCUUGGCCGCCACCGACCUGCUGGUGUCCGUUUUGGUCAUGCCUAUCAGCAUCGCGUACACCACCACCCGCACCUGGAGCUUUGGCCAAGUCCUGUGUGACAUCUGGGUGUCCUCGGACAUCACCUGCUGCACGGCCUCCAUCCUGCAUCUCUGCGUCAUCGCUCUGGACAGGUACUGGGCCAUCACGGACGCCCUGGAGUACAGCAAGCGCCGCACAGCCGGCCACGCUGCUGCCAUGAUCGCCGCGGUCUGGGUCCUCUCCAUCUGCAUCUCCGUCCCACCGCUCUUCUGGCGGCAGGCCAGAGCUCAGGAGGAGAUGUCCGACUGCCUGGUGAACACGUCUCAGAUCUCCUACACCAUCUACUCCACCUGCGGGGCCUUCUACAUCCCCUCCGUCCUGCUCAUCAUCCUGUACAGCCGCAUCUACGCGGCAGCCCGGAGCCGCAUCCUGAACCCGCCCUCCCUGAGCGGGAAGCGCUUCACCACCGCGCAUCUCAUCACCGGCUCUGCGGGCUCCUCGCUCUGCUCGCUGAACCCCAGCCUCCACGAGGGCCACUCCCACGCCGGCUCCCCACUUUUCUUCAACCAGGUCAGGAUCAAACUUGCCGACAGUGUCCUGGAGCGCAAGAGGAUUUCCGCCGCUCGGGAAAGAAAAGCCACCAAGACCCUGGGGAUCAUCCUGGGGGCCUUUAUCAUCUGCUGGCUGCCCUUCUUCGUGGUCUCUCUGGUCCUUCCCAUUUGCCGCGACUCCUGCUGGAUCCACCCGGCCCUCUUUGACUUCUUCACCUGGUUAGGCUAUUUAAACUCCCUCAUCAAUCCCAUCAUCUACACCGUGUUCAACGAAGACUUUCGGCAAGCGUUUCAGAGAGUUGUCCAUUUCCGCAAAGCCUCCUAGUGGAACUUGGUGGUGACUCUUGUUAGCUUUUGCAUCCAGUAACCCAAGUGGGAUUGUCUUUUUCCGUUUUCCUGAGACUCGGGUUAAUUCAUGAUAUCUCGGGGCUCGGGUCAAUCAACCAUUGUUCUGUGCUCUGUUUUCUGUGUCUUUUAUCUUCUGAGUCACGCAAGGCUGGGCCUCUGUGUGGAAGGGGGCAGGACCGGAGACUUCCCUUAACCUAAUAUUUCCCAGGUUCCUCUGGGGUGGAAGAAACAUGAGCCACAGGAGUCAGGUGAGCAAAAGGCUCUGGAGGAAAGAUCCCAGGCGCAGAGAGAAGGCGGCUUUGUGGGGCUCCCUGAGGUUUGCAUGAGGCCCAGUGGAGCGUGGGUAAGGUUAAUGACUUGGACUGGAAGAGAGGUGGGAGCCAGGAGAGAGGGGCCACCUCCCCUUGGAGCACCCCUGUUGGAAAAUAACACCCAGGAUUUUCUUCCCUGGGUUUUCCUUACACCGCAUCUCUCCCAGUUGUUCAUGGGGAGAGAGGUGCCAAGGACACAGUGGUUUGGAGAACAAUCCAGAAGGUGGGGCAGGGGAACCCGUGCCCCUUCCCUUCUCCCCAGUGCCCCCAGCACUAUCUUAAAUUCUGGGGUUAAAACCCAUGGUCACCCCACUGAAGAAGAUUGGGCCCACCAAGCUUUUAGAGGGCUGAAUUUUCCCAGUCUGAAUUCUUUUCCUAAAUUAUUUUUUUAUAUUGCAUUCUCAUUAGAGAUCUUGAAGUGUUGAGUCAUAACAAAUAAAGAGCAUGACACAUCACGGCCAGGACAUCUUUGGGUGAUUCUGAUACAGAGACUAUCAACUCAGUGUCUCCUGAGCGCCCACCAUGGGCCAGACCAGGGUCCCAGUCGUGACAGUGUCAUGCCAUGAAGAACUCAGGGCCUGGGCCAGGGACUGUGGUGCCGUAGUAGAGAACGCGCCUGGCAUGUGUGAGGCCCUGGGUUCAAUUCA